CAGUGAGGACAAACCCAGCCUGCCUCUCUCCUUCCACACUGAGUAGAAACCUACAGUCACUGGGUCCUGAUUGUGACAGUGGAGCCCAGUUUGCACUGCAGAAUCCAGUGAUGGCAUCAGUGAACCUGCAGGACUGCAGUCAAACACUGGAGCUGAAUGUCAACAUUAAAGAUGAAGGAGAAGAUUAGGACAACUGUUAGUCAUGGUUACCAUGUUGAGCCAUUCUCUACAUCCAGAGAGCAACCUCAGGAAGAUCAGAGAGAUAAGAGGUCUCAUCACUGCCCACAUUGUGAAGAGAUUUUCCCAUUUCUAUCAAAGCUAAAAAUACAUCUAAAAAUACACACAGGAGAGAAGCCGUACUCCUGCUCUGACUGUGGAAAAUGCUUCAAAACAUCAACUCAUCUAAAAGUUCAUCAGAAGACUCACACAGGAGAGAAGCCUUAUUACUGCUCUGACUGUGGAAAACGUUUUAAAACAUCAACUCAGCUAAAAGUUCAUCAGAAGACUCACACAGGAGAGAAGCCGUAUUACUGCUCUGACUGUGGAACUAGUUUCUCUAAUCUGGGCACCUUAAAAACACACCAACGUAUACACACAGGAGAGAAGCCCUACUCCUGCUCUGACUGUGGGGCGAGUUUCUCUAAUCUGGGCACCUUAAAAACACACCAACGUAUACACACAGGAGAUAAGCCUUACGUCUGCUCUGACUGUGGAAAAUGCUUCAAAACAUCAACUGAGCUAAAAGUUCAUCGGAGAACACACACAGGAGAGAAGCCGUAUUACUGCUCUGACUGUGGAACUAGUUUCUCUCAACUUUCCCACUUAAAUUCACAUGAACGUAUACAUACAGGAGAGAAGCCUUACUCCUGCUCUGACUGUGUCAAAUAUUUCAAAACAUCAAAUGAGCUAAAAGUUCAUCAGAGAACACACACAGGAGAGAAGCCUUACGUCUGCUCUGACUGUGGAAAAUGCUUCAAAACAUCAACUGAGCUAAAAGUUAAUCGGAGAACACACACAGGAGAGAAGCCGUAUUACUGCUCUGACUGUGGAACUAGUUUCUCUCAACUUUCCCACUUAAAUUCACAUGAACUUAUACAUACAGGAGAGAAGCCUUACUCCUGCUCUGACUGUGUCAAAUAUUUCAAAACAUCAAAUGAGCUAAAAGUUCAUCAGAGAACACACACAGGAGAGAAGCCUUUCUUCUGCCCUGACUGUGGAACUAGUUUCUCUCAACUUUCAAACUUAAAUUCACAUGAACGUAUACAUACAGGAGAGAAGCCUUACUCCUGCUCUGACUGUGUAAAAUAUUUCAAAACAUCAUCUGAGCUAAAAGUUCAUCAGAGAACACACACAGGAGAGAAGCCUUACGUUUGCUCUGACUGUGUAAUUUGCUUCAAAACAUCAACUGAGUUAAAAGUUCAUCAGAGAACACACACAGGAGAGAAGCCUUAUUCCUGCUCAUACUGUGGAAAAUGUUUAAAAACAUCAAAUGAGCUAAAAGUUCAUCAGAGAACACACACAGGAGAGAAGCCUUAUUCCUGCUCAUACUGUGGAAAAUGUUUAAAAACAUCAAAUGAGCUAAAAGUUCAUCAGAGAACACACACAGGAGAGAAGCCUUACGUCUGCUCUGACUGUGGAAAAUGCUUCACAACAUCAACUCAUCUAAAAGUUCAUCAGAGAACACAUACAGGAGAGAGGCCUUAUUACUGUUCUGACAGUGGAAAAUGUUUUAAAACAUCAAAUGAGCUUAAAGUUCAUCAGAGAACACACACAGGAGAGAAGCCUUUCUUCUGCCCUGACUGUGUAAAAUGUUUUAAAACAUCAACUCAUCUAAAAGUUCAUCAGAGAACACACACAGGAGAGAGGCCUUACUCCUGCUCUGACUGUGUAAAAUAUUUCAAAACAUCAACUGAUCUAAAAGUUCAUCAGAGAACACAUACAGGAGAAAAGCCUUACUCCUGUUCUGACUGUGGGGUAAGUUUCUCUCGACUGGAUACCUUAAAAAGACAUCAACAUAUACAUGAAGGAGAGAAGCCAUACUCCUGCUCUGCCUGUGUAAAAUGCUUCAAAACAGCAACUGAGCUAAAAGUUCAUCAGAGAACACACACAUGAGAGAAGCCUGCUUACGUCUUCUCUGACAUUUGGGUGAGUUUCUCUCACCAUAGCAACUUAACACACCAAUGUAUACACACAGGGGAGAAACCUUAGAAACCUUACUCCUGCUCUGUGGAAGGGUGGGCGUGUAACUCUAACGUCUAGCCAAAGGCUGUGUGUUUGAAUCUCAUCAAGGAGGACUUUAGCAUUUUAGCUAAUUAGCAACUUUGCAACUUCUUACUACUUUUUAGCUAUGUUAGCAUGUUAGCUUAGC